CGCGGUCUAGUUGAUUUCAGUUCGGCUGAUUUGUUUCGUUUGAUCUAGGUAGCUGCAUUUGACGUGAUUCUGGUUUCUGUUUGGCUUCAACUGUAUUGAUUUUGUUAAGAAUAGUCGUCAAAAGCUUCCUCUAGGCCUGAAGGCAGUUAUGGUGCAGGAGAAUGCUUGAGAAUGUGUUUCAUGUGAAAAUUAUAGGGUGCACCUAAAAUCCUCCUGUUUGUGGCGUCUCAAUGAUUUCUGUAGAGCUUCGUUUCAUCACUUGUGUCCAUAUUUGUCGUUCACGAAUGUUUCAGUAAAUGUUUAUGGCUAUAAUCAGGAACUUUCCAAAACGGUAACUGUGGUAAGGAAUUUAUAUUUUUUUCCGCUAUAGUUUCCAAGUCAAUGUCUCUUUUAAGUUGCUUACUGUACUCCGUUGGCUAUUCAUGAAUUUAUUAUUGAAAAGCUUCCGUUUUCAUUUACAGUGGUACCGAAUGAACGCAUUGGCACCUGGAUACAAUGGCAACCAACCUGCCGUUCCUAUAUCAGUGGAUAUCAAAAAACUUUUUGACGGAAUUAUGUUAAGUCACCGGUAUACCAGUUGGGUUCAAGUACAAGAUGCUCUAAGUCAGCUGGAAUCAGUAAUAUAUGUAUAUAUGUAUGACAGAGUAUUCCUAGGCAACUCAUACACAUUAAGUAAUCAAAAGUAUAAUUUACGUAAGGAUGUGAGACCAGGUAAUUGAAGUAGUUUAAAGUUAUUUUUGAAGCCAUGCCUUUGAGAUCAGAUGUUAUGCGCAUAAUAAUAAUAAUAAUAAUACGUGGAUUCGAAUACAGGGAUAACCAGCAGAAUUUGCUUCGCCCUGGAAUCACAGGUUCAGUUAUAUCGGAAAUAUGGAGAGGUGGUGUGUAUUAACUGAACAUACAAUAUCAAUAAGGACGGGUAGGUUAUACGUGAAACGGUUGACAAAUCUUAAUCAGAUAUUCUCUAUUUCAGUUGGUGGUAACAGACAAUAUGGGUCAUGGCAAGCCUGUUUUUUGGCAUGGACGAGAUGAGAGAGGUCAUGUGAUGUAGCUUGGAUAUUGGAACAAUUCCAAAGAAUAAUGCAGGAUACGUCCAUUACAGAAACUUUCGUAAUGGAUUCGGCCAACUGUGAGAUUGUAGUGACCCAUUUUAGUACUCAUAAUCGUACUAUACUUUCAUUGCGUAAUUGUACUUUCAUUUAUUUAUUAUUCUAAAUCUUGCAUGUUAAAAAUUGAUACCUUUUGUACUCGCUCGAUUUUUGAAUUGUUGAUUGCUGCAAUAAUACACUAUCGUAUUCCUUCGCAAGUGCCUUUUGAAUUACGUUGCGGAUGUCGAGUAAUCGCAACGUUAGGGCACAAUUGUAAACGCGAGGAAGUAUUAGGAUAUGUGUAUACGCUAGUUCAGUCAAAAUAAAGCAGCAACAAAUUGGCGAGCUCGACAUAGCUGAUUGAUGGACUACAUCAUUUCGAAGUAUACACAGUGGAAUAAAUCAUCUUUGCCAUCGCAUUAACUUUUAUAACUUCAUAACAUUUGGAUGUAUAAUUACUGAUAUUUCUGAUAAAAGUACCUCCGGACCUGGCGGCACAGCGACUGCUAUCCCAGUUCACCCUGAUACUCAAGCAGCUGGCUGUUAUGCAACACCUCAAUUCCAG